AUGCCCAGCCACAUUCCCCAAUCUGCCCAGUCAAAUCCCCCUACAUGCCCAGCCACAUUCCCCAAUCUGCCCAGCCACAUCCCCCAAUCUGCCCAGCCACAUAUCCCAAUCUGCCCAGCCACAUCCCCCAAUCUGCCCAGCCACAUCUCCCAGUCUGCCCAGCCACAUCUUCCAGUCUGCCCAGCUCCAUCCCCCAGUCUGCCCAGUCAAAUCCCCCAAUCUGCCCAGCCACAUCCCCAAAUCUGCCCAGCUCCAUCCCUCAGUCUGCCCAGCCACAUCUCCAAUCUGCCCAGCCACAUCCCCCAAUCUGCCCAGCCACAUCCCCCAGUCUGCCCAGCCACAUAUCCCAGUCUGCCCAGCCACAUCCCCCAGUCUGCCCAACCACAUCCCCCAAUCUGCCCAGCCACAUCCCCCAAUCUGCCCAGCCACAUCCCUCAGUCUGCCCAUCCACAUCUCACAGUCUGCUCAGCCACAUCCCCAGUCUGCCCAGCCACAUUACCCAGUCUGCCCAGCCACAUCUCCCAGUCUGCUCAGCCACAUCCCCCAGUCUGCCCAGCCACAUCUCCCAGUCUGCCCAGCCACAUCUUCCAGUCUGCCCAGCCACAUCCCCCAGUCUGCCCAGCCACAUCCUCCAGUCUGCCCAGACACAUCUCCCAAUCUGCCCAGCUCCAUCCCCCAGUCUGCCCAGUCAAAUCCCCCAAUCUGCCCAGCCACAUCCCCAAAUCUGCCCAGCUCCAUCCCCCAGUCUGCCCAGCCACAUCUCCAAUCUGCCCAGCCACAUCCCCCAAUCUGCCCAGCCACAUCCCCCAGUCUGCCCAGCCACAUAUCCCAGUCUGCCCAGCCACAUCCCCCAGUCUGCCCAACCACAUCCCCCAAUCUGCCCAGCCACAUCCCCCAAUCUGCCCAGCCACAUCCCUCAGUCUGCCCAUCCACAUCUCACAGUCUGCUCAGCCACAUCCCCAGUCUGCCCAGCCACAUCUCCCAGUCUGCUCAGCCACAACCCCAGUCUGCCCAGCAACAUCCCCAAGUCUACCCAGCCACAUCUCCCAAUCUGCCCAGCCACAUCCCCCAGUCUGCUCAGCCACAUCCCCAGUCUGCUCAGCCACAUCCCCCAAUAUGCCCAGCCACAUCCCACAAUUUGCCCAGCCAUAUCCCCAAUCUGCCCAGCCACAUCCCAGAGUCUGCCCAGCCACAUCCCCCAAUCUUCCCAGCCACAUCCCCCAAUCUGCCCAGCCACAUAUCCCAGUCUGCCUAGCCACAUCUUCCAGUCUGCCCAGCCACAUCCCCCAGUCUGCCCAGCCACAUCCCCCAAUCUGCCCAGCCACAUCUCCCAGUCUGCUCAGCCACAACCCCAGUCUGCCCAGCAACAUCCCCAAGUCUACCCAGCCACAUCUCCCAAUCUGCCCAGCCACAUCCCCCAGUUUGCUCAGCCACAUCCCCAGUCUGCUCAGCCACAUCCCCAGUCUGCCCAGCCACAUCCCCAGUCUGCCCAGCCACAUCCCCAAGUCUACCCAGCCACAUCUCCCAAUCUGCCCAGCCACAUCCCCAAGUCUACCCAGCCACAUCCCCCAGUCUGCCCAGCCACAUCCUCCAGUCUGCCUAGCCACAUCCUCCAGUCUGCCCUGCCACACAUCGGCAGAGCCUCACAACCAGAGGAAAAGAGGAGGGAAGGAGAAGAGGAGAGAAAAGCAGCCGCUUUGA